AUGGCGGGUUGGGUUUAUAAACCUCCGCGCCCUCAACACAUGAGUUUGGAGGCCACUUGUCUCUGCGGUCUGACACGUAUGCACAUGCAGCAAGGUCCGACAGCCUCAGCAUCCUUACUUUUCACCCUGGAGGGCACGGGAGCCCAAAGACAGCUCUUCAUCAUGAGGUCCUUCCUCUUACUGCUCUUCUCCCUGUUGUUGGUGUCGCACGGAUCUUCAGCAGUCAUCACAGGGGUAAGCUGCGAGAAAGGCUCUCAGUGUGGAGGGGUGUGUUGCGCUGUGAGUUUGUGGAUUCGCAGCCUGCGUAUGUGCACGCCCAUGGGACAGGAAGGAGAUGACUGUCACCCUUUGAGCCACAAGGUUCCUUUCUUUGGGAGUAGACUCCACCAUACUUGCCCCUGCCUGCCCAAUUUGUCGUGUGUCACCAUAGAGGAGGGGAAGUACAAAUGUCUCUCAACAUACAAGUAUCCAGACUACUACCUCUGA